AGGAGAAGAGAACACUGCUUGAGCUUAACUUUUAUGCAUCUCUCCUUCCAAUGCUAAAACAAUACACCCUCCUCUUUCAAUGCAAGGAGCCGAAGAUCCACAGACUCCACGAUGAGCAAGAAAUACUCCUUAAAGAGUUCUUGUCCUGUUUCAUCAAGCCAGAGAAACUCAUAAAAAAUGGGAAGAACUUGUCGGGACCAAACAUGAAGUGUCUUGAUUUAAGGUCAACAGAGAACCAUCUGCCAGAGCCUUUUAUUGGAUAUGAGGCCACAUCUAUUCUUGAAAAGCUUGGAAAAAAUCAUCCCGUGUCAAAAUCUUUCAAUAUGAAGGUUAUCCAAGCCUACACCAGAUGUGCCAUUGAUCUGCAAGCAAAACUGCCUCUGAACAAUCCAGUUCUGAGGACCCUGUCAUGCUUGGACCCGAAUGCCCGGGGAAGCCAACACAUCAUUCCUCACCUGAAGAAAUUGCUGGACAUGUUUCCAGCUGUGAAGCUUACGGAAGAGGAGAAAGCUGGUUUUCAGCAUGAAAUAUACAGAUAUGCAAGUGACAUGAAGUUGCCACCAAUGACGGAUGACACAAGAGUUGACCUGUGGUGGAAUGCAGUAAGACAAACAUUGAGGUACCCAACACUUGCCAAGAUGGCACUCUUUGCUUUAUGCCCUUUUCAUGGCCCUCAAGUAGAGUCUUCAUUUAGUAUGAUGGCCAACAUCAUGCAGGCCAAAACAACAAGCCUGAAUGUGGAGACCUAUGAGGCCUAUGAAGUUGUAAAGUACCAGCUGAAGGCCAUGCAGGUCUCAGCAAUUCACCACUACUCCAGACCGUCAAAGGACAGCCCAAUCAACCCAUCCCUUGUACAGAAUGUCAAACUCGCAAGCCGGAGAUACAGGGCAGAGAACAAACGGAGGGCAGAACUUCAUGCUCCCAAUCCAGCCAGAAAGAAGGCAGCCAAAGACACAAUAGUGGCAGCAGCUUUAAGUGCCAGAAAAACUUUUCAAAAGCGGCGGCUGCAAGCAUUGAGAAAGCUUGUUGCCAAGAAAUAGUCUAAUUCAAUGUGCACUGUUUGCAAUGUGUUUUGCACUGUUUGCAAUGUGUUUUGCACUGUUUGCAAUGUUUAAUAAAAUCUAUAUAAAUUA